GCACCAAACAAGGACGCCAACCGCCAUUAAACACAACAGAAGAAGAAGAUCAUGUAGCACUUAUUGCUAUCACUUAGCUGCGCAGAUUUAAACUUUUCUACCAGUAACAAAUUAAAAUCAACCCACAGUCGUUCUAGAAAAGAAGUGUCCGAAACUUCACGGUGAGCAUGGCGGACCGGGAGGAGCGCCGCUUCGCAGAAGUCUCCCGGGACUCCGUCAAACUCAUGGCCGAGAGUGCAGGCUUGGAGCUCGGGGACGAUGUGGCCGCUCUGCUGGCUGAGGACGUGUGUUACCGGCUCAGGGAGGCAGCCCAGAGCAGCUCUCAGUUUAUGAGGCAUGCCAAGAGGAGGAAGCUGACAGUGGAGGACUUUAACAGAGCUCUGCGCUGGAGCAACGUGGAGGCUGUUUGUGGCUACGGGGCUCAGGAUGCUCUCCCUUUCCGUUCGGUGAAAGAAGGAGAGCUUUUCUUCGUCGAGGAUCGGGACAUCAACCUGGUGGAGCUCGCUCUGGCUACAAACAUCCCUAAAGGCUGUGCUGAGACCAUGGUGCGAGUGAACGUGUCGUACUUGGAUGGGAAAGGAAACCUGGAGCCUCAGGGGACAGUCCCGUCCGCGGUGCAGACCCUCUCAGACGACCUGCUGAAGUAUUACCAGCAGAUCACUCGGGCCAUCCUUGGAGACGACGCUCACCUCAUGAAGGUGGCUCUGCUGGAUCUCCAGUCCAACUCAAAGAUCGCCGCUCUCCUUCCUUACUUUGUUUAUGUCAUCAGCGGGGUGAAGUCGGUAAGUCAUGACCUGGAGCAGCUCAACAGACUCCUCCACAUGGUGAAGAGUCUGGUCCAGAACCCAUACCUGUACCUGGGCUCAUACGUGCGCAGCCUGGUGUCCAGCGUGAUGUACUGCAUCCUGGAGCCGCUGGCCGCCUCCAUCAACCCGCUCAACGACCACUGGACCCUCCGGGACUACGCCGCCCUGCUGCUCAGCCACAUCUUCUGGACUCAUGGUGACCUGGUGAGCGGUCUCUACCAUCAGAUCUUGCUGUCGCUCCAGAAGGUUCUGUCUGACCCUGUGAGACCGCUCUGCUCUCACUAUGGGGCAGUGGUCGGGCUGCACGCUCUGGGAUGGAAGGCUGUGGAGAGAGUCCUCUUCCCUCACCUCCCUGCGUACUGGGCAAACCUUCAGGCUGUGCUGGACGACUACUCUGUUUCUAACGGUCAGGUCAAAGCAGACGGACACAAAGUCUACGGAGCCAUCCUGGUGGCGGUGGAGCGUCUGCUGAAGAUGAAGGCUCUGUCUCUGUCUCAGCCUGCAGAGGGGGGUGCGGGGGGUCAGUCGGGCUCUGUGGUGGGGGGUCUGGGUUACAGGGUGAGCUCCCCGGGCCUCAGCCCCCCUCCAGAGCCCCUCUCAGAGGCCGCCCUGGGCAUCGCCAGCCACCUGCAGGCAGGCGGGGCCGGCUGUCCCUGGGAAGAGUGGACCCCCGUGCCCCUCCCCGACAUGUACACCGAGCUCUACUCCUUCUUCGGAGACAGCCUGGCAGUCCGCUUCAGUACAGGACCCGGGUUUGGCAGCUACCCUCCCUUCACCCCCGCCCAGCUCGGUGAGGCCAGGAAGGAUCCGCCCGGCCCAGCUUCCAACCCGGAAACCACCAGAAAGAUGCCGCAGCUCACCGCCAACCUCAACAUCAGCCCGAGGCAGGAUGGGAGUCCUCGCACGGAUCCGCCGCCGCCCAGCCUCGCCGCCACCGGAUCAGGAAGGUCCCUGGCUCGCUCCUCCUCCUCCUCUUCCACCUCCUCUGUUCAGCGCUCCAAGUCCUCGUCCUCUCGCUCCGGCCAGCGUUCAGCCAGUCUCUCUCGGGAGGUUUUCCCCAAAUCUCGCUUCACCUCCCCUCAGACAGGACCUCCGGCCUUCACCUUCCUCAUCGGCGGGCGUCAGAUGGGUCGCCGCUGUCAGGGUCGAAGGCCUUUCCAAACAACUUUUGCCCCGACCCCUCCCCUCUCUGCUGUCCCACCCCGAGCCUACGCCCACAAGCUGCCCGUGAUCGGGAGGGUGGGCAAACCUGUACGCCGCUGGGCAUGCUCACAUUACUCCCUUUACCUGCCUCUGUAGAGACAAGAAGGAGGUGUGACUGUUGUACACCUGCUUUAUUACACCUGUAAAUAGUUCUUUUUAUAUUUACAGAGCUGAUAAAUGUGAUGUAUCUGAAAUGCAUUCAGGCGGCUACGCUGAGACUCAACAGACAAACAACUGCAACUGCUAAAAAUACUGGAGCCCCACGGAGUGAAACCUGGAAAUGCAAGCGCCUCGUUACUCGUUAUUCCAAGAUAAAUAUCUCUCCCAAAAAACUGAGCAGAUUUCUAUUUGUUUUCAUGUCCUUGCAAUACUCUUCCUCCCACCAUAGCCUUAUGCACUCCUCCCCUGAAAUGUAAAUACAUGUGAUUGGUUAGCUUGUUAGCUUAGCUCACACCAGCUAGUGUGUGGCUAGCUGCUACAGCCCGUUAGCUUCCACAUGAAGCUCAAACUUGUUGUUGUGUCUUACUGUUAUGUUCCAGGUUUAAGUCGUGUUACCGUCACAAAUCUGAGUGAUCUGAACUCAUCUGAACUGUUUUCAUUUCAAGGCUUUACGGUUGAUGAGAAAGUACACAGAAAAUGGAGACACAAAGGGCCUUAUUAUGAGUUAAAGGCGGAAUAUGAUCCAUUUUUCUAAGUGUAUGAUCUCAAACUGGUUAUUUGAAGUCAGAGUAGAAACUAAAUAAAAGCUCAAACAGCAGCCAGCUAGUGUUGGGGUAACCCAGACAUAUAACGUAACAUAUAGGGAUUAUUCCUAACCACUAAUGCAGCUGUAAAGAAGGACAUUGUAACAUGGGGCUCUAUGGGGACUGACUCACUGCAGGAGACAGACUCUAGUGGACAAUGGAGGUACUGCAUUUUGGUACUUCUGAAGUGAGACUGAAAUAUGGGAGUAAAGAACGCAUUAACGUAUCGGUCUGACAGUUUUUGAGGCCUGCUUUGUAUUUGUCAGAAAAAUGUCGACAUCUUGUCCAUUUCUUUUUGUUUCUGCCGAAUAAAAGAUGUAUUGUUGUAAUUCUAAA